CCUCUCCCCAUUUUUUUUUUUUUUCUUGAAAGCAUGACCAGUUUGAAUCGCAUAGAAUACAUCGUCGGAAUAGAUUUAGGAGCUGGUACUUCAGAGGCCUCGAUAGCUCAUGUAAAUGACCCACUUAAUAUUAUCUCCGUUUCAGCUUGGGACGAUUCCAUGAGACCUUCUGAAACAUUUUUUUCUUCAAUUCUGUACUCGAAGGAUGGGAGCGAUGCCCCAAUAUAUGGUAUGCAACGCGACGAUGCCGGUGAUAUAGGUGUUUACGUAAAUAACAUCCGUCAAUAUAUUGUCGACGUCGAUGCUUCUGAUGAAAAACUUGGUCAACUAAUGGAUGGUUUAACCGUUAGAAAAGUCGUUACUGAUUAUCUAAGAUAUUUUGUUGUAUUUGCUCUCAAAAGGUUACAGGUUCAUAAAAAACUUGUUAAAAAUGAGCACUUCCAAGAAUUUGUUAACGAAGAGUUUAUUGAUGAAGAUAUUAAAACUAUUGGUUAUUGCCUCGUUUGUCCAGCCGAUCGACAAGAAUAUAUGAAAGACUGCUUUAUUGAGGCAGGAAUUAUCGAGGAGUUUGAAGCUGAGUACCGACUUUCGUUUGUCAUCGAAGCUGUCGCUAUAGCUCAUAGUCAACUUUCCCGCGACAGAAACGAGACCGGAAUUCAGGAAAAUCAAGAUUACUUCGUUUUAGACGUAGGUGACAUCUCUAUUGGAGUAGCAAAAAUCCAUGCAGCUUCCACGAUAUCGCUUAGCACUAUUACGGAAAUUUCUGACGAUGCCACAUUUGGCUUAAAAAAUCUAGACAACAAGUUCAAAGAAUAUUUGAUAAAAAAUAUGACAGAGUUAAAUUUGAACAUCUCACUCAUUAAUCGAUUUGUCCGGACUUUUUCUGAAUUUAUUGAGUAUGGGUUUCAUAUGUAUAUCCCAACAGGGACUGCCAUGUCACAAGAUGAUAUUGAUGGAAAUCCCAUCGAGUUUACGUAUGAAGAUUUAGACAGAAUUGUAUUCAAACCCUUUAUCGAAAGCAUAGCUGCAUCUAUUAUAAAAGCUGAUAAAUCUUACGUUCAAUGCAAGAAGUUUUCCACUGAAAAGUAUGGUAUUAACGAAUACUUUAUUAAAAAUCUUUUAGCCAGAGAUGAGGGUGGGUUGAAGUAUCAUCGUUCUAUUAUUGGGUGUCCACUUGGAAUGGUUUCCUGGGGCGCUGUCUCUUCAAUAUUAAAUACCUACAAAUCUCAAACGCCCUUCUCUCUUUAUAAUGAACACCGAUCCUCAUUUUCUGAUAGAGGACUGUCCUUACCAGAGAUAGUGUCGAAGGAAUCUACUGAUGAUAACGAUGGAAAUGAUGCUUAUGACUUCACCCUGAAACUUUCUAUCGGUCCAAUCGCGUUUUGGACCGAUACCGUCGGUAUCGAUGCACUUUUUCAUAAGUUACCGAUUCCGUCGGUCCUUUUAAAAAAGUUUACCGAUACCGAUUUUUAAAAAAAUGAAAGUUACUGCGAGAUCGAGUUUUAUCGUUUAAUAAACAUGUAUUAUGAUACCUA